AACCACAACAACUGCCCCAACAACAACAACCACAACUGCUGCACCAACAACUACAACUGCAACCCCAACAACAACCACAACAACUGCAGUCCCAACAACCACUACAACUGCUGCACCAACAACAACAACCACAACAGCAGCCCCAACAACAACAACAACAACUGCCCCACAACAACAAACAGCUGCCCCAACAACAACCACAACAACUGCCCCAACAACCACAACAGCUGCCCCAACAACCACUACAGCGGCCCCAACAACAACCACAACAACCACAACAACUGCCCCAACAACAACAACCACAACAACUGCCCCAACAACAACAACCACAACAGCUGCCCCAACAACAACUACAGCAGCCCCAACAACAACCACAACAACACAACAGCUGCCCCAACAACAACAAUCAACUGCAGCCCCAACAACAACUACAGCUGCCCCAACAACAACAACAACAACAACAGCAACAACAACAACAACAGCUGCCCCAACAACCACAACAACAACAACAACCACAACAGCUGCCCUAACAACCACAACAGCAACAACAACAACAGCUGCCCCAACCACAACAACCACAACAGCUGCCCCAACAACAACCACAACAACUGCCCCAACAACAACAACCACAACUGCUGCACCAACAACAACCACAACAACAGCUGCCCCAACAAUAACCACAACAACUGCCCCCACAACAGCUGCCCCAACAACAACCACAACAGCUGCCCCAACAACAACAACUACAGCGGCCCCAACAACAACCACAACAACCACAACAGCUGCCCCAACAACAACCACAACAACUGCCCCAACAACAACAACCACAACAACUGCCCCAACAAUAAAAACCACAACAGCUGCUCCAACAACAACUACAGCGGCCCCAACAACAACCACAACAACCACAACAGCUGCCCCAACAACAACAACAUUAACUGCAGCCCCAACAACAACUACAGCUGCCCCAACAACGACCACAACAGCGGCCCCAACAACAACAACCACAACAGCUGCCGCAACAACAACAACAGCUGCCCCAACAACAACAACCACAACAGCUGCCCCAACAACAACCACAACUGCUGCCCCAACAACAACCACAACAACCACAACAGCUGCCCCAACAACAACCACAACAACUGCCCCAACAACAACAACCACAACUGCUGCACCAACAACUACAACUGCAACCCCAACAACAACCACAACAACAGCGGCCCCAACAACAACCACAACAACUGCCCCAACAACAACAACCACAACUGCCCCAACAACAACCACAACAAUUGCCCCAACAACAACAACCACAACUGCCCCAACAACAACCACAACAACUGCCCCAACAACAACAACCACAACUGCUGCACCAACAACUACAACUGCAACCCCAACAACAACCACAACAACAACAACCACAACAACUGCCCCAACAACAACAACCACAACAGCUGCCCCAACAACUACAACUGCAACCCCAACAACAACCACAACAGCUGCCCCAACAACAACCACAACAACUGCCCCAACAACAACAACCACAACAACUGCCCCAACAACAACAACCACAACAGCUGCCCCAACAACAUCUAUAGCGGCCCCAACAACAACCACAACAACCACAACAGCUGCCCC